AAGUCCCUUGCCAGUGAUUCCAACUCUCCCAGUUUCACCAUGAAGAUCACUGGGGGCUUUCUACUGCUGUUUGCCCUGGCUCAUCUCUGCCUAGCCUCCCGAAUUCCUGGUCAGAAUUUAGGGAAGGAGGACUGCAACAUUUAUAAGAAGUUCCCAGUGUCAGCUAUUCCCUGCCCUGUUACAUAUUUCCCCGUGUGUGGUUCUAACUACAUAACUUAUGGCAAUGGAUGUCAUCUGUGCACAGAGAACUUGAAAACAAGUGGAAAAGUGACUUAUCUUCAUGAUGGAAUAUGCUAA